AUGCCAGGGACAAGCCCAGCUGCUAGGGACAAGCCAAGCUGCCAGGGACAAACCCAGCUGUCAGGGACAAGCCCAGCUGUCAAGGACAAGCCCCGCUGUCAAGGACAAGCCAAGAAGGUGCCAGGAACAAGCCCCGCUGUCAAGGACAAGCCCCGCUGUCAAGGACAAGCCAAGAAGAUGCCAGGGACAGGCCCAGCUGUCAGGGACAAGCCAAAAAGAUGCCAGGAACAAGCCCAGCUGUCAGGGACAAGUCCAGCUGUCAAGGACAAGCCAAGAAGAUGCCAGGGACAGGCCCAGCUGUCAGGGACAAGCCCAGCUGUCAAGGACAAGCCCCGCUGUCAGGGACAAGCCAAAAAGGUGCCAGGAACAAGCCCAGCUGUCAGGGACAAGCCAAGAAGGUGCCAGGAACAAGCCCAGCUGUCAGGGACAAGUCCAGCUGUCAAGGACAAGCCAAGAAGAUGCCAGGGAAAGGCCCCGCUGUCAGGGACAAGCCAAAAAGAUGCUAGGGACAAGCCCAGCUGUCAGGGACAAGCCAAGAAGAUGCCAGGGACAAGCCCAGCUGUCAGGGACAAUUCCAGCUGUCAGGGACACGCCCCGCUGUCAAGGACAAGUCCCGCUGUCAAGGACAAGCCAAGAAGAUGCCAGGGACAGGCCCCGCUGUCAGGGACAAGCCAAAAAGAUGCCAGGGACAAGCCCAGCUGUCAGGGAGAAGCCAAGAAGAUGCCAGGGACAAGCCCAGCUGUCAGGGACAAGUCCAGCUGUCAGGGACAAGUCAAGAAGAUGCCAGGGACAGGCCCCGCUGUCAGGGACAAGCCAAAAAGAUGCCAGGGACAAGCCCAGCUGUCAGGGACAAGUCCAGCUGUCAAAGACAAGCCCCGCUGUCAAGGACAAGCCCCGCUGUCAGGGACAAGCCAAGAAUGUGCCAGGAACAAGCCCAGCUGUCAGGGACAAGUCCAGCUGUCAAGGACAAGCCAAGAAGAUGCCAGGGACAGGCCCCGCUGUCAGGGACAAGCCAAAAAGAUGCCAGGGACAAGCCCAGCUGUCAGGGACAAGUCCAGCUGUCAAAGACAAGCCCCGCUGUCAAGGACAAGCCCCGCUGUCAGGGACAAGCCAAGAAUGUGCCAGGAACAAGCCCAGCUGUCAGGGACAAGUCCAGCUGUCAAGGACAAGCCAAGAAGAUGCCAGGGACAAGCCCCGCUGUCAGGGACAAGCCAAGAAGGUGCCAGGGACAAGCCCAGCUGGACAAGCCAAAAAGAUGCCAGGGACAAGCCCAGCUGUCAGGGACAAGUCCAGCUGUCAGGGACAAGCCAAGAGGAUGCCAGGGACAAGCACAGCUGUCAGGGACAAGCCAAGAAGGUGCCAGGGACAAGCCUCGCUGUCAGGGACAAGCCAAGAAGGUACCAGGGACAAGCCCAGCUGUCAGUGACAAGCCAAGAAGGUGCCAGGAACAAGUCCAGCUGUCAGGGACAAGUCCAGCUGCCAGGAACAAGCACAGCUGCCAGGGAUAAGCCAAGAAGAUGCCAGGGACAAGCCCAGCUGGACAAGCCAAGAAGAUGCCAGGGACGAGCAAAGCUGCCAGGGAGAAGACCGGCUGUCUGGGACAAGCCCAGCUGCCAGGGACAAGCUAAGCUGCUAGGAAUAAGUCCAGCUGUCAGGGACAAGCCCAGCUGCCAGGGACAAGCCAAGCUGCUUGGAACAAGCCCAGCUGCCAGGGACAAACCCAGCUGUCAGGGACAAGCCCCGCUGGCAGAGACAAGCCCAGCUGUCAGGGACAAGUCCAGCUGCCAGGGACAAGCCCCGCUGGCAGAGACAAGCCCAGCUGCCAUGGACAGGCCCAGGCAGGAAGAAGCCAAGUUUCCAGGUAAAAAUUCUAGCUGUCGGGGACAAGCUUAUCUGCUAAAGACAAGCCCGACUACUAUAGACAAGCCCAGCUGCCAAGAAGAAGCACAGUUGCUAAAGACAAACCCAGUUACUAUAGACGAGCCCAGCUACCAGGGACUAGCCCAACAAGCCCAGCUGCCAGGGUCUAGCCCAGCUGUUAUAAACAAGCCAUCUUACCAGGGAGAAGACCAGCUGCCAGGGACAUGCCCAUAUUCUAGGGACAAGCCCAUCUGGUAUAGACAUGCCCAGCUGCCAGGCACAAGCCUCGCUAUUAUAGACAAGCCAACUUACCAGGGAGAAGCCCAGCUGCCAGGGACAUGCCCAUUUUCUAGGGACAAGCCCAUCUGGUAUAGACAUGCCCAGCUGCCAGGCACUAGCCCAGCUAUUAUAGACAAACCAACUUACCAGGGAGAAGCCCAGCUGCCAGGGACAUGCCCAUUUUCUAGGGACAAGCCUAUCUGGUAA